UACUCGCCGAAGGAGGAGCACAAAGUAAGAUGGCAGCGCCCAUUCUGGUUGAUGUGUGACAUGUGAACCACGCUCCUUCCUAUUCCUUUGAUUGCCAACAUAUUCUGCACAGAAUGUUCCGUUGCAAUAUGGUAUUUUUGUAUCCAUCAUGUUGGAGAAAACAACUGAAUGGAGUACUAGAUCCAACUAAAUGGCAGAAUAGGCGAAUCCUAAGAUGGAGCAGAACUAUUUUUAGUGAAACAGGAAAGUGGGAACAAAAUUAUACAUCAGAGACCAGGAAGAAAGUUGAAAAUUGGUGGUGUUCAAGAAUAAAGGAAUCAUUCAGCAAAAUCACAGAAACAGAUAAAUCAAAGCCAAAGUAUUACAUCCUGUCUAUGUUCCCAUAUCCUUCUGGAAAACUUCACAUGGGCCAUGUUCGAGUAUACACCAUAAGUGACACAGUAGCAUGGUUUCAAAAAAUGAGAGGAUUUCAGAUUCAUGUGGAACAGAAUAGCUUCAGAUUGGGACUUCCAGUUGACAUCGCGACAAACCCAGUAGCAGAGAACGGAAAGCUCCGUUCCUGCACUGGUCUUCAGCUGUUUGUGGACUCCAAAAGGAGCUGAAAACCACCUUGGAGGGGCAGUGAAGCUGUGGAGGGGUGCUCUGUGAGGUCUCAGAGGAGAACACAACUCCUCUGUGGAACCCUAGAGCUUUUCUUUGCCAUGACGGUGAGAAGAGGCUGAUCAAAAUGGCUGCCACCAAGUCGCGACAGCUGUGAAUACUGAAGCAUUGUGCAGGAGAGGAGAAAGUGGAUAAUAUAUGGAACUGGGUAAGAAGAACUAUUUAAAAUUUACCCCAAAAAGUUUAUGCCAGGAAAAAAGGAUUUCACUGUUACAUUAAAAGCGGCGGUAUAAGCACCAAGAGCAAAAUUCUAAAAAUGGAAAGCGGGG